AAAGCGGCGGGCGCCGGGGAUGCUGCGCCUUGCGGGGCUCCGCGCCUCCGCAGGCCUGGCCGUUGCGGCCAGGGCCCCCGCCGCCCCGCGCCCCCCGGGCCUCCGCCUUCGUCUCCUCUGCGCCGCGACCAUGGAGCGCCCCGCUGCGGGAGAAAUAAAUUCCCAUGAAUGUGAAAGCGUGUUAAGCAAAGACAAAGUCUCAGGGGAAUUAGAAGCCAGCACUGUGGACUCUCUGACGGACAUGCCUUUUGCUACUGUAGAUAUUCAAGAUGAUUGUGGAAGUUAUCUUUUUCCUCUAGUCACUGAUGUACGUCAAGCAAAUUCAAAGAGAAGCAAAGAAAAUGAAGGCAUCAAGAAUGAGCACAUAAAGAAGAGGAAAAAACCCUCGAAAGAUUAUCAACCCAACUAUUUCUUGUCUGUUCCGAUCAUCAACAAAAAGAUUACAGCAGGAAUUAAGGUCUUGCAAAAUACGAUACUACAACAGGAUAAACGACUGGCCAAAGCCAUGGUUGGUGAUGGUUCCUUUCAUAUCACCUUGCUGGUGAUGCAGUUAUUAAAUGAAGAUGAAGUAAACACUGGUACUGAUGCACUUUUGGAACUGAAGCCAUUCAUCGAGGAAAUCCUUCAAGGGAGGCACCUGACUUUGCCCUUCCAAGGCAUUGACACUUUCCGAAGUCAGGUUGGCUUUGUGAAGUUAGCAGAUGGAGAUCAUGUUAAUACCCUUACGGAGAUAGCAGAGACUGCACAAAGAAUAUUUCAAGAAAAAGGCAUCCUGGUAGGAGAAAGCAGAAGUUUUAAGCCUCACUUGACCUUUAUGAAACUGUCAAAAGCACCAGUGCUCAGGAAGCAGGGAGUGAAAAAAAUAGAGCCCGAAUUGUAUGAACAAUUCAUCGACCACAGAUUUGGAGAAGAAAUUCUGUACCGGGUAGAUCUGUGCUCCAUGCUGAAGAAAAAGCAAAGUAAUGGUUAUUACCACUGUGAGGCUUCCAUUGUGGUUGGUGAGAAGGACCGAGGGGAGCCUGAGGAUGCUGAACUGGUCAGGCUCAGUAAGAGGCUGGUGGAGAACGCCGUGCUCAAGGCUGUCCAGCAGUAUUUGGAAGAAACACAGAACAAAAAGCAGCUGGGGGAGGGGAACUCCACCAAAGCUGAAGAGGCCAAUCAGAAUGGCAAAGGCAGUGAUAAUAACAGGAAGUGAGAGUGGAAUCUGUUCCCGCUGCUCUGUGAAAAGCAUCCCUGCCCCUCUGCUAGGUCGCAGACUGACUUACGAUGUGCUAUCUAAGUGUCUUGUUCAAGCUCCAGAGAUCGCCUAACUCGUUUAUGAUUGAUGCGUUGGCGUUGCUGCGACACGACAGAAGAGAAUGGGGCGCUGGGGCCGGCAGGAGAAAUUAAUUCACAGAAGAGCAAUCCCAAGUUCAUGUAUCAUCAAGCGUGCACAAGGGAGAGUGGGCACUUUGGGAAGGCGUGCCAGGCUGAUUGAGAGGACUGGCCACCGCUGGAAUACUGCCGUUUGUUUACAUCCGCUUAGAACAUUUGACUACUUCAUCUGAGGCCAAAACUUGCACACAGCUGUCCAGUAAUGAGUUCAGUUUGUCGCUGUUGAGACGAUCAUGAGUGUACUGAGUUCACAAUGUUUUACGUUUGUCCCCAGGGUGUUGUUACCAUGCCAUGAUCUUUAUUUACAGUAAAUUAAGUUUCACAUAAAUUAUAUAUUUUUGGCAAAAUGCAACCUUUUCUAUGAAACGUGGGUAACAUUUUAAAGGUUUUUUCAGCCUUAUUUUGAUAACUCAGUGUGCCAUAUUUAAUGUAUUUCAUUGAUAUUUGUACUUUAAAUGUGUUAUAUAAUCUUUUCCCCGUAGGCAAGAAGCCAGUUGGGAUCCAAGACUUAAUCAAUGAAGCUUUGCAGCGAGAAAGGAUGGAGUUGAAGUCCAAAGUGAAACAGAUCAAGGAACUUUUGCUAAAGCCUGAGACUCAGGCCAUGAUUAGGAAGGAGCUUUUUGAAGGAAGAGUUCUUAAUGACGGUAAUCACACAAGCGAUGCGGAUUCCAGCAUGACUUUGCUGUAGCUCUCUGCUGCGGUUCUGGCCGUGGAAAGUUUCUGACUCUCAGCGCAGUCCAUAGAUAGCCCUUUGGUAAAUAACCAAAGUGUUCUUACAGUGUCUACACAGCCCACAAACCAACAUUUGGUAAGGAAUUAACAACUUCUUGCCAAAGAAAACAUAUUUUUGCCUUAUCAUCAUCAUUAGCUAAAGUUGAGUUUUUGAAUGUUUGUUUGGGUGUUGUUGACUCAUUUUAUAGAAAUAACUUUUUAAUUAGCUGUUGUGAGAUGUUCCAUGGGUCCUCGCAGAUAAAAAACAAAAAACGUUGACCAUGAAAGAUCCUUUAUAGUCAAAACCAAAAUGAAACCAACAACAGUAUUCUAAGGGUCGCCUGUCUCCUGUUGAUAUGGCCCUUUUCUUACUAGCCUUGUCCUGGCUUAUCCAGUCUCACAUCACGUUUGAUGACAAUUUGAAUGCUUAUUGAGUAUCAGUACUUGAAUGAACAUUUGUAAAUGUAAUCAUUGCAGUCGCUGGUUAAGAAUGUUUUUUUUAAUAAUAUCCACAUGUAUUAUUUUUCACUGAUGAAAAUGUAGUUUGCAUUUUCAUUUCUUAGUUAGCAAAUGUUCAGUGUUUUUAUUUUCUCCUUCUGUGAAGAUGAGCCCUGAGUCUCACGGCGGUCUUCACAGUUUGGAUAGUUUGCACUGGUUCAUUUUCAAAAGAGCAUUCUUAAAAUGUUUCUCCCCAUGUGAUGUUUAUUUGUAACAGCUUUUUCAGUCAUCAUUUAAAAAUUGCUGCUACUAAUAGAGGAGGGGGGAAGGAAAUGAUUAGAGAUCAAAUGUGUAAUCAUCUCACUUAUACAAUACAGUUUGCUCAUGGAUUUUUGGCUAUUUUUUCCACUGGGUAAAUGAUACUACAUUGAUUCAUAAUGUAAUACGUUAUGAGUUCCUGCAUUUUCAUGCCUCUUAAUAAAUGUACUGCUUCCCCUGUU